AUGCCGGGGGUUUAUCCGGACAAGCCACUCCCUUUGAGAUUGUAUGACGAAUUCGACGAGGAAGAGGAGCUCUGGAUCAAACCCAGACUGGAGGCUUUAGUGAAAGGGGAUCUGACCCCUAGCCAGGCGGCCGUCGAGUUUGAUACUAUGCUCACAGAGGACACAAACCGAAAACACGACAAACUGAUGAAACGGACAGACCCGCGCAACCUCACACCGGAAGAAGAAGGACAGGGCGCCAACAUGUACACAAUUAUGCCGCAUCCAAGGAUCUAUAUUGGACCGAUGUUUUCAUCAAUUUCCCGGCUGUGCUCGGCAUUUCCGCCCUAUCACGAAGGACAAACGCGUAUUGUUGAAUUCCUUCUGGCACUACGAUCACUUCCACGCCAUGAAAUCUUCAAAGACCUGCCCCCGGAAGACCCUAACGAGCCAUAUCCCACCUUGACACUGUGGCCAUUUGAAGAACGAAGCUGGGAAGAAUGCUACCCACCCUUUCGCUGGCGCAACUUCAACUCCGCCAUGGCCCGCCUGGCAAGCUCAAACCUGUGUGACUGCGAUUUUCUGAGCUCCCUUGAUGAUAUCCUGCCGUCAAGCAGUGAAUAUCCUGAUUUGAAGAAGCGUCCAAUUGAUGGACCGAACAAGAUUGGAAACUAUCUUGUUGGAGCUGCCCAGUGGAUUAUGUGGCCGGAUGAAGGUCGUUAUGUCUAUCAGCAAUGCAAGAAGGUUGAGAGUGUAUCCGAGCCCCGCGAAAUGUGGAGUAUGGAGUGUUGGAGGGAAUGGAAGAAUCAGUUUGCUUUUGUCGCGGGUGAUGACCGGUUUGCUGAGAGGUACAGGGAGGUGGCUGAGCAAUCAUAUCGCCAGAUGCUUGUUUAUGAGAGUGAAGACACGGCUUAAGGAGAACGAGUUGGUUUGUAAACCAGGUUACAGAACCAGUACUUUACUUUCUAUUAUGUACAUUUGAGUCCUUCUCAAUUGUACUGGGUCUUUUAUCGGACUUUAGGAACACCUUUUUGGGAGUUUAGAAAGAGAGGCGUGCAUGGAAAGC